GGCCCCAGCCCGGCCAUGCUCCCCCGGCCCCUCUGCCCCGCCGAGCUCCGCCGGGCGCCAGCCUCGGGCCGCAGCCGGGCCCGGGCGCGGGGCGGCGGCGGCGGCGGCCCCGUGCUGCUGCCCUCCAUGCUGAUGUUCGGUGUGAUCCUGGCCUCCAGCGGGCUGCUGCUCAUGAUCGAGAGGGGCAUCCUGGCCGACGUGAAGCCGCCGCCGCUGCACCCCGCUCCCGGGGAGCCGUCCCGGCGCGGCGGCGGCGCGGAGGCCGCCGGGGACCUGGAGUCCGAGGUGCUGCGGGACGUGCGGAACCGCACCAUCGGCGCCGUGUGCGGGCAGCGGGCCAUGCCCCGCAGCGUGUGGGAGCUGCCGGCCGGGCAGCGGCGCACGGUGCUGCGGCACCUCCUGGUCAGCGACAAGUACCGCUUCCUGUACUGCUACGUGCCCAAGGUGGCCUGCUCCAACUGGAAGCGCAUCCUCAAGGUGCUGGACGGGGCGCUGGAGAGCGUGGAUGCCAAGGUGAAGAUGGACCACAAGAGCGACCUGGUCUUCCUCGGGGACAUGAAGCCGGACGAGAUCAGCUACCGCCUGAAGCACUACUACAAGUUCCUCUUCGUGCGGAACCCCAUGGAGAGGCUGCUGUCGGCCUACAGGAACAAGUUUGGGGAGAUCAAGGAGUACCAGCAGAAGUACGGGGUGGAGAUCGUCCGCAGGUACCGCCGGAACGGGGGCAGCUCGGCCGGGGAUGAUGUGACCUUCUCCGAGUUCCUCCGGUACCUGCUGGACGAGGAGGUGGAGAGGAUGAACGAGCACUGGAUGCCCAUCUACAACCUGUGCCAGCCCUGCGCCGUCAGGUACGACUUCAUCGGCUCCUACGAGCGGCUCAGCGCCGAUGCCAACUACGUCCUGGAGCGCGUGCGGUCGCCCUCCUUCAUCCGCUUCCCCGAGCGGCAGCCCUGGUACAAGCCGGUCACGGCGGAAACGCUCCAUUACUACCUGUGCAACACCCAGCGCCGCCUCAUCAGGGAGCUCCUGCCCAAGUACAUCCUGGACUUCUCCCUCUUUGCCUACCCCCUGCCCAACAUCACCAGCGAGUUCUGCCGGCAGUGAGCUGCGGGGCUUGGCUGGUGCCGCCUGUGCUGUGAAACGCUCCUCUCUAUGCAUUCUGCCCUCGUUUUAUACGUAACCAACCCUCUUUAUAUGACAUUUUAUAUAUUACCCCUGCUACCCGAAUACUUUUGUAUCGUUCCCAUUUUAACGUGUACGCACGACUCGAGCACAGGGGCUUUUGUAGGGCUGUUUGGCUUUAGAUUCUUUUUGUACAGCAGGACAUGGAAGACAUCUGUGAGGAAGCUGAGAAAUAGAUACCUUUUGAGUAUUUUUUUACCCUUUUCUGGGUUUUGUACUGAAUAAUGUGCAGCUGAAUUGCAGGUGUAAUACAGCCCGUGUA